AUGGCUACUACAGUCUUGGGAGUCGGCACAGGCGUUUUCAUCAUCACUGCUGUUUGGAUUGUGAGUUUCGUGCUCUGGAUGAUGCUUCUCAGAGCGUCUGGCUCAAUAAAGCUAGGAGUUGUCCCGGUUUUCUUCUUGGCUCUCACCGUCACACUGGCUCUGGUGUUUUUCCCUCAAAGUCCAUCAACUCCAUCUGCUUUCAAAGAGAAAGAGAUAGUGGACCCUUUGUUCAUCGCUCGCUACGUGCUGUUGGGUUUAGCGACUUUGAUCUUUCUCUUCGGGUUGGUCAUGCUGCUCCCCUUUCAUUUCCUGGAGCCAGUCUAUGCCAAAGCUUUGAGAACACACUAG